GUGCAAUUAUUUAUUUGUGACGUCACAAACAAAAGCCAAUGAGAACGGAACUGGAGACGGGCCGAACCAAUCACUGACGUUAUAAUUCGUUUCUGCCUGCUGGAUCCCAAACAUAAACAGACUGCGCACUCGACGGAAGGAAAACAAACCUUAAAAUUAUUAACAGAGAUUCGUGUAAAAAUGCCUUUUCUUGGAAGAGACUGGCGUUCUCCUGGUGAUCAGUGGGUUCGGACAACUGAAGGAUGGGAAAAGCUGCGAUUAUGGCGUGUGAAACUGUUCGAAAAUCUGAACGCAAACAUUCUGGCACGGUUAAUGAAACUGGCCCUGCAGGACUGGUAUGUGAAGAAAGACUUCAUUAGUCAUGGCCAUCAACCGCACAUGCUCUAUGUCAAAGGCAACUCUAAGGAGAGAAAAAUUCCAACCAGCCUUAGUGAAGCCUUCAUCAGGUUGGACAUGGCUGGAGCAGUGAAGGACAUUCGGAGAUUUAACUAUGUUCUCAAGGUGAUCCAGCACCUCCUUGUGUACAGACUGUCCAACCUCAGUGGCACCUCCCAGAAACACAUCUUCCACAUCCUGGAGGAAAUGGUUAACCAUGUGAUAACAAGUGGAAAUAAUGUGAACACUACAAUGUCUCUGCUGGACAAAGCAGAAAUGGCACUGACAGACGGACAGACGUCCCACAUUGGUAGUGCUCACCUGUGGGCCAGGCAUAAACAAUCCAUCAACAAAAUGAGGAACCUGCUUGUGGCAUUCCAAAUCAAACAGCGAGAGGAGGACGGAAAGGUGUUAUUUGGCGACCUUCCGGAUGACUGUAUUCGUGACAUUCUCUUCCGACUUGCAGACCACAAGGACGUUCUUCACACAGGCAUGACCAACACUUCUAUCUACGACAUGUCACAGGAAGUGUUGCUAUGGAAACAGCUGUGCAUGUUCCACUUCACACCCAUGCAACUGCUGACGUUCCUGCCACAGGAGACGCAGGAUGACAACCCCAACUGGAAGUAUCUCUACAGGAGAUGUGUCAAGCGAUUUGGAAGAAAAGAUGUGUACGCCGAUAUGCUUGCCCUCUGUUUACAUUGCCAGUGUCUGUUUUGGCAGUCCAUUGGGCACCCCUGUGUCAAUGACAAUAUGCCGACAUCGCAGAAACUCACUCCAGAGGCAUUCCUCAAACUGUUUGCAUUGUAGAUGAUUGGAUACUAAAGACCAUCAUACUGGGGAAGUCUGCACCUACCCUUCCCACAGAAUCUCAACUACCCUGACUGACCCUAAAAUUUUGCGCACAAAACUGCAUCUUCAGAGGCAAAUAAAUGUCCAAAAAAAUAUUAUUUUUUGGUGCUGAAACUUACAAGUUUCCAGUAGAAUAUUAUCCCAUGUUCCAAGCAAACCUCAAAACACCUUUCUAAAAUCAAUCAGGCCAGGGAAUGUUUCUCCAUUUGGCUGAUUUCAAACCUUUUUGUUUAAAUUUU